AUCUUUCACUCUCUAAUUUCUCAACAUACAAAUAUCUAAAUCCAUAAUUUCAUCAAAUUUCUAAUCCUACACACUUUUUUUUGUCACUAGAAAAAAAUUAGGUGACCCUAAAUUUUUUGAGAGAUUAGUGUCUCUAACAGUCGAUAGGAUAUAACUAUUGAAGUCAUUCAAAAAGUUUAACCAAUAAAUUAUUAUACAUUAUUAUUCUACGCACUUUAAAUUAAAGGAUUAGUCUCAAACUUUCGGCCCAGAUAUCUUAAAACACUAAUAUAAUAUGUCACGAACUAUGGAGAUAACAAUUUUGUCAGCUGAGAAUCUCGAAGAAAACAAAAAGGCAAUAAAAGAGAACAUUAACACAUUUGUUACGGUUCAAUGCGACGGAAGCAACAAUGAAUUGAACGCCACUAAACUUGAUUCGAAAGGUGGAAGUUACCCUUCAUGGAAUGAGAAGUUAGUUAUGGACGUGCCAUUUCAUGCAAGGUUCAUAACAAUAGAGGUGAAAUACAAAACAAGAGCAAAUAGUAGUACUAGUGUUGGAAUGGCUAGAAUACCGAUUUCAGAUUUUAUUGGAGGAUAUGUACAUGAAAAUCAAUUGCAAUUUUUAAGUUAUAGGUUGUGGGAUAAUAGAGUUAGGAGAAAUGGGGUUGUGAAUAUUUCUGUUAGGCUAAAAGUGUCCCAAAAAAAUUCUUGUUCUAAUUCGAUGUCAUCGGCUGUGAAUGGAGUUCCGGUAACUGGAGUUCCGGUGGCCGGUAAUGGCUCAACCGGUGUUGUAACGGGGAUUCCAGCUGUUUGGUUAAACUACCAAAGAAACCUUUAAAACCAUCAUGUAUUCAUAAAAAAAAAAAGCAUAUUCUUUUUCCUUCACAAGAAAUGUCGGAAUUAUUUUUA